AUGGCUCGGCUCGCAAUUUGGCUAAAGACCAUUCCUUGCUUCCUGAACUGGGUCGCCGCCGCUCCUCCUGUUGGGCCAGAAGAAGUACUAGGGCUCACGACCCCGGGCGAUCCCAACUUCCUCACGAAGGAUCAUUGGGAUGCAUUUGGAAAUCUUGAUUCGGCUUGUGAUCCCCAUAGCGAUGCCUCUGACUGGCAGCCACGCAUGACUGAUGAAUGCGUUUCCCUGGCAGACCACUUUGUGCCGAUGGAAUUCCGGCCAUCUGAGGAGAAAGUCGGAGCGCGUGCUAAUCACGACCAGGUAGCGUAUUACAGAGAAGGAGUACAAUCGAACAACAUAUUGAUCCAGGCCCCAGCGCAAAACGUGGCGCCUCCCGAGAGCUCUGAGCCCGCUCGAGAAGUCGAGCCAUCUGGGAGGAAUGAACGAUCAGGAUUGAAGAGAGCUUAUACCGAUGAUAUCCAACCACUUACCGAAAAUGCGGCGCAUUCUCAGAGUUCCGGAACACUUGGGCAAGCCGGGCCGCAUGAUGGACAACGACAAGUUGCUCGACCAGAUCAACCACUUAUCCACCAAACCAGCACUCCCAUGCAAACUGGGGCCCCUUUGGAGGCCUCCCAGACCAUUUCGGAAGCCGAGCCCAAUGGGAGCAAACCAGUAGGAUCCAACAAAAGGUUGAGAGUUGAUCAACAAAUUCAAACACCUAUCAACCAAGCAACCCAGACCCCCACAACAUCUGCUCCGCAUCCACAACGCUUUCUCUCCACGUCGGACCCAAUCAGCCAGCCAAACAGACCAUACGAAGACAACGAAACACCAACCAGAGUCACGAAGGGAGCUGAUCUCCGAUACUUUGGAAGUAAAGGACCUAAUAUGCGUAUGCUUGAACGUCGGGCGACCUUGGCCCUUAAAUUCCAGGACCAUCUAGCAAAAAAAGAGUUCAAUGUGUUCACAGCAAUGUUGAACCAAAAAUACCACGAGAUAAAUGUCUUGUACAGCAAUUCUUUGAGUGUACCCUCAUCGGAUACGCUUACAAAAAUAUACGACGGUUUGGAAAUGAGCGUACGCAACCUUGGACUUCCUCUGAAUAUUGGAGAACAUUAUUUUCGUAUUAUCGACAUCCGAAUACCUCUCAAAUCAAAAACUCAAGCUAGGAAAUAUCUUCCGAUGUUCCUCAAGAUCCAGGCAAUACUAAAAGCCCUGAACCACUAUCAUAACUUGGUUUUUCUGAAUGGACUGGAUCAAAAGAUUUUGAAAAGAGAGAACGCCGGUCAUCCAGGUCCAUUACCAUGGUUUUACGAGCAGCUAUUCUACGAUACCCCAGCUCACCCCCCUCUUCUAGGCAUGGCCACAAUGCAACUGGAAGAAAUUAGUCCAAACACGAGAUUUACCGAAGCCCACUACAACGUAUAUCGCCCCCCCCUCUCUGCACUUCGAGGGAUCAGGAAGAAUUUUAAUGAGGCCCAGAAGCGCUUAUAUUAUGUACUGGUUGAACCGGUGCAGCUAAGCAGUUUCAAUGCUGGUAUAGUUGCACUCGAUCUUCUAGGCCAUUGGUACCGAGCUGAAUUCUCAAAACUCUGGGCAGAUCCCUUCCCCGCUGUGGAUUACGCCAAAGAGCUUGCUGGGGCAGUAGAAAUAGUUUCUCAAUGA